AUGGCAAACUCCUCUGCGCUUGGGAGCGCCUUGCGUUCCGGGCACUAUGCCUCCAUUAUUCUAUCCUCCGGGCCAUCGGCGGGUGAAUCAACUCCGGGCUCGGCCUCCGCAUCCUCCGCCCCUGCUCCGGUGGCCGGGGCCUUGAUACAAGCCUUUGCCGCCCACUUGACCGGUGCUGCUGGCUCUAGCCCGGCUCCGGAUGCCGACGUCGCUCAGGUUCUCUCCGUUGGCGUCGCUGCCUUGAAUGCCUUCCUUCAGGUCAACGUCACCGGCCCCAUUCUCCCCGAGUCAAAUGCCCUCAGUGCCCGGCUCACCAAGGCGUGGGCUGAUACUCAGUCGGAUAGUUCAAAAGGUACUCAGGAUCAUCUUCACAAGGCCUGUCUCGGUGACUUGGAAGUCGAUGGCGUGUCACCCUACACUUACAUCCCCCACCUGGAACUCUUCGCCCUCGCGAGGCACAUUAUUACACAAUCGCUCAGCCAGGCCAGCAGCGAUGUGGUUGAGGUUCCGCCCGACGAGCAACCGCUCAAGUACAGCCUUGCGUGGACCCGACUACGUGUUAAUGUAUGGCACUACAAGCUCUUGACGCAACCCAGUCUUGGACCAGGCUCCAACUUCACCCGCAGCUCUCAGUGGAGCGACGUGCCAACCCUGGCAUCCCAGAUUCUCGAUGGCAUCGAUUCCGUGCGAUCGCAGAUCGUUGGUGAGGAGGUAUGGGCCUCGGGUGACGAUACCUGGAGCCGCGAAGACAAGGUCCAGUUUCUCGUUGAAGCGGCCAACAACUAUAUCUUGCUUGGCCGGGACGAUAAAGCCAGGGAAGUGCUUCAGGAAGCCACCCAGACCAGCGGCUUCGCAUAUGCGCUCUCCGGUGCCCUUGGAAAGAGAACCAAGUUCCAGGAGAAGAACAUCAGCCAGCUCGUCGUGUUGGCAAAGAGUGGUGCUGAACAGCAGACGGAUGCCGGUGAUGAUGAAGCUAAACCGGAGGCUCUCCAGCUUAACAACGACACUCUUCUAGAGGAAAUCCACUUCAGCAAGGAAGAAAAUGGAAAUGGAAAUGAUAAAAAGGCCAUACUCCCUGCUGCCUUGGCGGAUCUCGCACCUGAUGAUCAGCCUCAGCUCUCGCCCCUCGACCAGAUCAUCCUACUCACUGAGGCUACUCUCAAGGACGCCUUUUCACCUGUGGACACUUUGACAUCCGCUGAAGUGUUGCCGUACGCCGUGCGUGUCAUUUCUGACAAGUCGACCAACUGGCAGAUCUAUACCCAGGCGUUGCUGGUGCGCUCCCGGAUAGAGGUUCACCGCAGCCGAACUCUUGAGCGUGGUGUACUUCAACUGCAGGCGGUGUCUGAUCAGGUCCUAACUGACACCACGGCCGAAGCUCAGCAUAAAGCUGAGGCAAAGGAGGAGGGUACCGAGACGGAUGCUCCAGCUAUUCAGGUUACGACCCCUGAGCAAGAUACAAGAUCGCUUCAGAGCAAGCCUACAACCUUCCUUCCAGCUCCCAAGGCCUCUGAGUCUGCGCCAGCGCACGUGCGUCUCCAGUACAUUCAUGCCCUCUCCUCUCCCCCGCGAUGGCAUCUGGAGUCUGAACUCGCCUAUGCCUGGGUUGGUGUCGGUUCAUUGGCCUCAGCCCUUGAGAUCUUCAAGCGUCUGCGUCUCUGGGCUGAAGUCGCCCUGUGUCUCGCUACUGCUGCAGCAAGCGAAGAUGAGGACGGCCGUGGUAGCGGUGGCGAGGAAAAGGCCAAGGGCAUUCUUCGAUGGAGGUUGUUCCAUCGCACAGGAGACACCGCGUCUCCCUCAGACCCUGACGAGGAGGAUAUUGGAGACGACGUGACACGCCUCAAGGGCUCAGACUUUGAGGGACCUGAGAGAGAUCCUCCACCACCCAACGCUCCUCGCCUGUUCUGCAUCCUGGGUGACACUGAGAACGAACCGGCUCACUACGAACGCGCGUGGGACAUCUCCAAGCACCGCUAUGCUCGUGCUCAAAAGUCUCUCGGUGAACACUACCUCCAGAACAAGGAGUGGGAAAAGGCUCGUGACGCCUACAAGAAGGCCACAACCGUCAACCGUCUCAGCCCCGAGAUGUGGAGUCGUCUUGGAGACAUCAACCUGCGUCUCGCACAUGCACUCUGGAGUCUCUACUGCGAAGUCAGCGCCGAGCCCAAGGAUGAGACUGCGAAAGAGGUUGUCACUCAAGCGCCUGCCGAGGACGAAGAAGAUGACAUGGUUACUGCUGUAUCUUCAAGACCAUCAGACCGUGAUCCAGCGACUCUCUUGGCCCAGUCACUUGCUGCUUACAAGAAGGGUGCCUCCAUCGCCCAUGAUAAUUGGCGAAUCUGGGACAACGUGCUCACCCUAGGCUCGCGCAUGCAACCUCCUGCGUUGGGCGACAUGAUUCUUGCUCUCAACCACAUCAUCCGCAUCCGUAAAUCUGAAGACGCCAUCGAUGUUGAUGUUGUCAGCGCCCUGCUCCAAGAUGCCGUCCUCUCUGUUGAGAAGAAGACUAGCUCGGGCAUCUACGACCCCCCUCGCGGAUCUCCUGAGAGAUUGGUCAUGAGACUUUUCGAAGAAGAGAUGGUGCCCCUGAUUACGCAGCGCUCAGAGCUGUGGACGCUUGUGUCUCGACUCCGCGCCUGGAGAAGAGAUCAUGCUGGUGCCAUUGAGGCAGCGGAGCGAGCAUGGCGUGCAGCCGUGGGAACUGCUGGUAGCGGUCUCUUGCCCGGCACGGCAUCUACGACGGCCGAUGAGGCGCGGGACUGGACUGUGAAUGAGGGAGCUUGGUUGAUUGUCGUUACAAGAACCGAUGAGCUGGUGUCGAUGCUAGAGAACUGGGGCCCUGACGUCGAGACCAUCGGCACAAAGUGGAAGGGCAAGGCUAGGAGCGCGAUAAGGAGCGUCAUGGGUAGGGGCAAGGAGAAUUGGGAGGGAAGUGAAGGAUGGAAGCUCUUGGAGAGCUUGAUGGAGGGUUUAAAGACCUCCUGA